AUGGCGCGGUCCCCAGCCGCCUCCACCUCGUCCUACACGGACAGCACGGGAUCCUCCUCCGACUCGGGCUCCACCUCCUCGGGGAGCGACCGCCGCCGCCGCCACCGCCACCGGAGCAGCAGCCGCCGCAAGGACGGCGCGUCCUCGUCCGCGCUGAAGGCGCGCAAGGACCGGAGGUCCCGCCACAAGCGCCGCCGCCGCGAGCGGGAGCACUCGCGGCGGCGGUCCCCGUCCGACGACGACAGCUACAGCAGCACAAGCUCUUAUGACAGUGACCGUGAGGUGUCUGGCAGAUCUCGGAAGCAUAAGAAGAGCAGCAGAUCAAGAAAGUCUAGGGAGAGGGAGCGAAGCAAAGAUAGGCAUCAUAGACGAGACAAGAGUAAACACAAAGAGAUGAAAGAGAGUGAGCAUGCUGAUGGCCCUGUCCAGCUUUCCAAGUUUCUUGGACGCGACAAAGAAAAGGAAGAAGGUCCUCAAAGGAGUGCAAUCUCUGGUAAAAAGAUAAUGAUGAAGCUUGAGAAGACAAAGGAAGACAAGGCUGCUGAGAGCAAGCGAAACGAACUGUUGAAGUUCCUGAAUGCCAGUUACGAUUGA